GCAACUGCAUUUAUUAUAUGCUUUUACGUUUUAUUUAUAUAUGUUUUUCAUUCUAUGUAACGUUUUUAUUCAGUAUUUUCUGAGCCUGUUACUGUAUUUUCUGUAGCGCUGUAGCUGCUUCUCUAAAUCAAGUUCCUUGCGAAGUGGCGCUGAAAUAUAACGUCACACUUACACGUGGAGCACCCCCUGUAGCCAGGGAUCAUAACAACAUUUAGCCUUUUCCGUUGAAGUCGAUAAUUCUUAGUUAUUCUAGUUAUUUAUUCUAACAUUUAAAUAUGGCUUCAAGCUGUCGAAGACCCGAGCAUAUGGCCCCACCUGAAAUAUUUUACAACGAAGAGGAAGCCAAGAAGUAUUCUCAGAAUUCUCGGAUGAUUGAGAUUCAGAGCCAGAUGUCAGAGAGGGCUGUUGAGCUCCUGAACCUGCCGGAGGACCAGUCCUGUUUCUUACUAGAUGUCGGGUGUGGUUCUGGGCUCAGUGGUGACUACCUGUCAGAAGAGGGACACUACUGGGUUGGAGUCGACAUCAGCACAGCUAUGUUGAAUGUAGCCCUGGACCGGGACGUAGAGGGAGACCUUGUGUUGGGGGAUAUGGGCGAAGGGAUGCCCUUCCGAGCUGGGACGUUUGACGGCUGCAUCAGCAUUUCUGCUCUCCAGUGGCUCUGCAACGCUGACAAAAAGACACACAGCCCUCCAAAGAGGCUCUACACCUUUUUCAGCACUCUCUAUUCCUCUUUGGCCAGAGGUGCCCGUGCAGUGUUUCAGCUUUACCCUGAGAACUCUGAGCAGUUGGAGCUCAUCACGUCCCAGGCUAUGAAGGCAGGCUUCAGUGGAGGCAUGGUUGUGGACUACCCCAACAGCACCAAGGCCAAGAAGUUCUUCUUGUGUCUCUUCGCUGGAGUGUCAGCAAACCUACCCAAGGGGCUGGGGACAGAGAGUGCUGACAAGGGAGUCCCAAGUCAAGUACAGUUCACAGGACAGAGGUCUCGCUUUAAGAACAUGAAGGGAAAGUCUGCCAAGAAGGGCAAAGACUGGGUCCUGGAGAAGAAGGAGAGGAGAAGAAGACAGGGCCGGGAGGUCCGAGCAGACACGAAGUACACGGCCCGGCAGAGAAGGCCUCACUUCUAAGGCUCCAUUUAGUCCUAUGCAUUUUGGCUUGGAGACUAUGGAAUACUCUCUAAUGUCCUAUGUGGCCAGAGGAGCUGUGGCUGGCAAGAUACGGACUCAAACCUCCUUUACUUAAUUCACUUUCAGGUGUACUAAUUAAAAUCAAAUUUGUGAGUUAAAAAAUUGACACUUACCAUGGAGGACUUUUGCUAUCACUUGAAUGUAACGGAAAUGAUUUCCUAUUUAAAAAAGAGUGUUUCCCCUCCGCACUGUUUACGGACUGACUGCCAGAAGAAGUUAAUCUCAUAUUAUUAUAUUAUCAGAGGAUAAUGAAAUUAUCAGAGGAAUUAGGGCGCUCUCCAAGACCCUUCCCCAGGGACUAAGGACAUCAGCAGUAGAGAAAGCAAAUUCCAUUCUCACCAAUGAAACCACAUUUGUUUGGGUCUAUCAUUUAGCUCAUAGCAUAUUCUAUUAAAGUUUUGCUCUUGUUGUUUUUGAAGUGUAAAUUACAUUUUAUCUCUGUCUUUUAUCUACUUUAUCAUGUAAACACAAAUGCAUCCCGUUUAUGACUUUCUAGACGUAUGUUCUAUCUAAAACUUUGUAAGACAUGCUGUUACAUUGUUUCCAGAUUAGUCUGUUGAUGAGUAUUAUUGAUUGGACAACCUUUUCCUUUUAUCCCUAAUGAGACUUUGGAAUGGAUAUCAGACAAUGUAUUUAUGGGUUAAUGUAUUACAUAAUUUGAACAGGA